AUGAGGGGUAUGAAUGACCCCUUUAAGUUGAAGGAAAUCAAAAACUUCCUUCAUCUCAAUAAAGUGACUGUGUGUGCUUUACUUGAGACUAGGGUUAGGCCUCAUAAUCAAGGUAAGAUCCAGAAGAAAUUUGGGGAUAGGUGGAACUGGAUAUGUAAUUAUAGUUCUACUAAUAAAGGUAGUAUCUUGAUUGGUUGGGUGAAAAAUGAAGAUAGGGUGAGAUUGUUACUGGCAUCUGAACAAUUUAUUAUUGUUGAGGUGCAGAAUACACAGGGAGAGUGCGUAUUUCACUAUGUUGUUGUUUAUGGUUUACAUAUAAUUGAAGAUAGGAAGAGUUUAUGGGUUGAUCUGGGCAUAUAUGUAACUGGUAUUCAGAUUCGUUGCAUUUUAAUGGGAGACUAUAAUGAUGUGUAUCAAGCUGUUGACAAAUUGCAAGGUAAUGACAUUACUCAUGCUGAAACUGUGGAUUUUAGCAACUUCUUGGUGGAUAAUUGCUUAUCUGAAGCUCCUUCUAGUGGGAACUUUUACUCUUGGAGUAACAAGGGUCAUGGUGCAGAUAGAAUCUCAAGUAGAAUUGACAAGGCCAUUGUUAAUGUUUAUUGGGUGGGGGUAGGCCUUUCAGGUUUCUUAACCAUUUGGUUCUUAGAUAUGGUGAAGCAAGCUUGGGGGUAUAUUCAGUGUAAUGGGCAGAUGAAAAAUCUGUGGGUAAAACUUCACAAGACUAAGGAGGCUAUUAAGCUAUUUCAUGCUAAUAGUUACUCCCAAGCUCACCGUAAGGUGGAUAACUAUAAGAGACAGUUGGAACGGUUACAAAAUAACCCUGAUUUGAAUCACGAUGCAGCUCUUCAAAAGAGUGAGAGAGAAACUUUAGAGCUGUCGAGGAAGGGGUCUCUCAUUGUUGUUAAAGUGAGAAAUGCUAAAAGUAAAAUUGCUUUGUUGCACAACUCACAAGGUGAGGUUCUCACGGACCCUAGGAGAAUUGGAGAAGAGAUAAAGUCCUUUUACAUGAAGCUUCUAGGUUCCAAUACAGAGACCAUAGAGGCUAUUGACAUGGCCAUGGUUAGGAAGGGUCAUAUGCUCUCACAGCAGGCUUGUAACAUACUAAUACAACCUGUCACAAAUCAGGAAAUUGAUGCUACAUUGGCUGCUAUUGAUGAUUCUAAAGCACCAGGCUUGGAUGGCUUCAAUGCUGUCUUUUUCAAGCAAACUUGGGCUGCCAUUAAAUCCGAGGUAUACUCUGGUGUUCUUGAAUUCUUUGAUUACAAUUUGAUGUAUAAGCCAGUGAACAUUACUGCUAUCACCUUGAUCCCCAAGGUUGAGAAUCCAACUCACACUAAUGAUUUACUCAUGUUUGCAAGGGCUGAUCAGGGGUCAGUGGUGGAGAUGUCUAGAGCUUUUCAAAGGUUUUCAAGAGCCUCAGGUCUGGAAGCUAAUAAUGAUAAAAGUUGUAUCUAUUUUGCUGGAAUCAAUCAGGAAACAGCUAAUCAACUUGCAAUACUAAUCAAUAUGCCUAUUGGGGACCUCCCAUUCAGAUAUCUUGGUGUUCCUUUGGCUGCAAAGAAGUUAAACUUCACUCAAUGCAAACCCUUGAUUGACAGAAUCACUGAUAGAGCACAUGGAUGA